CGACGAAGGCGCGGCGAAUGUAUUCCUUCUGCUCCUUGCUCACGCCAGCCUUGAUGAUCAGGCGCAGCUGGUCCGCCUUCGCCUUCAUGGUGGCCCCGCUGUUGAGUAUGGUGAUGAUCUCCUCCCAUCUGUCGGCCUCCUUCUGCCCCUCCAACCUAACCUUAUUGGCUGCAGACAGAACACGACAGAAAGCAUCCAUGCAUCUUGGCAACUACCACCUGGCCGUUCGUGUGCUCACCCUCCCUGGCCUUUUUGCUGGCUUUGCUCUUCUCCUGCCGUUUCGAUGUGCUCUUCUCAGCCGGGCCGGGCCGGCGUGUGUCGCGCCCCGACAUCACGCUAGGCGUCACACGUUAUCUACACGCAUCAGACGUGCUACCUGCAAACGCGCACAGGGCCGGACAGAUCCGAUAACAGAAACGGCGUAUGGUCCGUGAGGUGCACGCUCUCGCCGCCAUCUCACGCAGUCUGCACCCCCCACGAUGCAUUGCCGUGUUUCUCUCACCUUCUGAGGGCGUUAUUUUCUGUCGUGGCCGACCUUCUGCCGGGUUGCCAGCUGGUGGCUGUCCUGAGCUCCUUUUCAGCUUCGCGCGCCUGCACCUGCUGACUGUCCCGUCCUUGUCCUGCAAAUGCACACACACACGUGCAUCCGUGCAUGUCGCUAGCUCCAUUGUGGUCUUGCGUACCCUCUCCUCCUCAGUCUCGUAGAGCUUGAAUAUCUUGUACGCAUAGCGAGAGCGGUCGUGCACAUCAAACAGCACCUCCACGCAUCCAUGUAGCCCCCUCCCGCACCGGCACACUCCCGUCCACGUACACGCUGUCGGUGUCGCUCUCCACCGCCCUCGCCACCUCCUUCUGCACACAAAGACCAUGGAUAUGCACACAUACACCGCUAUUGCCAUGCUGCAUCCAUAAAAUCCAUCGAAGGUCCGGGAACGUACCCGCCACUGCCCCUGUGUGAACUGCCGGCGCAUCUGCACACCAACAACAAGACGCACAAUGCAGUGGACCAUAUCCUCCAUAACUUCAUCAUGUUGUUCUUCCCUAGGCCUUCAACGUAUUAUAUGCAGCGCUCACCGGCUCUCUCUUGCCGCUCGAUGAUGGCAUCGACGCCAAGGCGUCUUCGACGGUCACGUAGGAAGGCAUCUUCUCCUUCUCAACUCUGCAAUGGCUUCGUUGGACAGGUGGAAUAAUAGAGCACGCUGAGGGGAGGAAGACGGAAAGUGGAACAAAUGGGGAAAACAGAAGCAAUGUUUCGUUAUACCGUCGCGCUCCCGUCUCCGUCGAGAAAGUGAAAUCUCGCCGCAGUUUGGCAUCAUCUUGCAAUGGAUGUCUUCUCCUUUUCACGUUUGAUAAUGUUCGGUCCAGCCACGAUAGGCCAACGCUCAGGCCAGCGACGUUUUUGCCACCCCGUCAGCUUGCCAGGCAAUGCCAGCUUUGUACAGCCUUGCCUUCAUCUCGAGCGAGGGAGAGUGUGCAAUCGGGCCUCCUUGGCUGCAUUUGCAGCUUGUCUGUCGGCGGCAAGACAUCAGAAAGGACGACAGAAAUCCUGCCAGCACAUUUGCAGACUCUGUUGUUGCUCAGUUAUGCUCACCCUCCGGCCGCCUGCAGGCCUUCUUCAGCGUCGAACUUCUUUGCGCUGCCGCCCGGCUUGUCAGGGUGAACCUUGAAUGUCCUGUGUACGUGGGUACAGCCACGCCAAUACAAAACAGACACAUCGGUUAAUGAGCGGACGACUCUCCUGCACCGAAGGUACGUACCAUUGAGGUCUUGCGAAGAGCCUUCUCCGCCUUCUAAGACUUCUCCGUCGCCCACCAUCCCAACCUGAGCUUCCGAAAGGCGUCAAACGGCAAGAAAACAACUUUCGACUUGCGGUCUGAGGCGGGCAUUCUCUCACAGCCGAUGCGGGCCGGGGGAGAGGAGGAGAAGGUGAGGAGCCAGGUAAUGAGGAGCAAUUUGGUGAGGAGGAGGCUCAGCCGAACUGCAAAAGAGCAG